AUGGCUGCUGCUGCUGCUGGCGCCACGAGGAGGGCCGCCUCCUCGCUCGCCUCCCGCUGCCUGCUCUCCAGGCCCGCAGCGUCGCCCGCUGCUGUCCCCUCCGCGCUCCGCAGGGCAGAUGGAGCACGUGGAUUGUUGCCAGGACUCCUUCAGAGGUUCGGCACUGCCGCAGCAGCAGAGGAGCCCAUUUCGCCUUCUGUCCAAGUGGGCGAGACGCAGCUCCUUAUCAACGGCAAAUUCGUUGAUGCUGCAUCUGGCAAGACCUUCCCGACUCUGGAUCCUCGCACUGGGGAGGUGAUUGCCCGUGUGUCUGAAGGAGAUGCCGAAGAUGUUGACCGUGCAGUUGUUGCGGCGCGCAAGGCAUUCGAUGAAGGGCCAUGGCCAAAGAUGACUGCCUAUGAGAGAUCCCGGAUUCUUCUGCGAUUUGCUGAUUUGAUAGAGAAGCACAAUGACGAAAUUGCUGCACUGGAGACGUGGGACAACGGGAAGCCCUAUGAGCAAGCUGCCCACAUCGAAGUGCCAAUGCUUGCUCGGCUUAUGCGGUACUAUGCAGGCUGGACUGACAAGAUCCAUGGCCUCAUCGUACCGGCUGAUGGCCCGCACCAUGUACAGGUGCUGCACGAGCCGAUUGGUGUCGUGGGUCAGAUCAUCCCGUGGAACUUCCCACUUUUGAUGUAUGGCUGGAAAGUUGGCCCUGCUUUGGCCUGUGGGAACACCAUCGUUCUCAAGACUGCUGAGCAAACUCCUCUAUCUGCCCUCUAUGUUUCUAAGCUGUUGCAUGAGGCUGGACUACCCGAAGGUGUCCUCAACAUCGUAUCUGGUUUCGGUCCUACUGCUGGGGCUGCUCUUGCUAGCCACAUGGAUGUUGACAAGAUUGCAUUCACUGGAUCAACAGAUACUGGGAAAGUUAUUCUUGAGUUAUCUGCACGGAGCAAUCUUAAGCCAGUGACACUGGAGCUAGGAGGCAAGUCUCCUUUUAUCGUCAUGGAUGAUGCAGAUAUCGACCAAGCCGUUGAGCUUGCGCAUUUUGCGCUGUUUUUUAACCAGGGACAAUGCUGCUGCGCUGGGUCUCGCACGUUCGUACAUGAGCGUGUUUAUGAUGAGUUUGUUGAGAAGUCCAAGGCUCGCGCUUUGAAGCGUGUAGUUGGUGAUCCAUUCAGGAAAGGUGUUGAGCAGGGCCCUCAGAUUGAUGACGAGCAAUUUAAGAAGAUCUUGCGGUACAUUAAGUCGGGUGUGGACAGUGGAGCCACCCUUGUGACAGGUGGUGACAAGUUGGGUGACAAAGGUUACUACAUCCAGCCAACAAUUUUCUCAGAUGUGCAGGAUGGCAUGAAGAUUGCCCAAGAGGAGAUAUUUGGGCCUGUUCAGUCGAUUUUCAAGUUCAAUGACCUCAACGAGGUGAUCAAGAGGGCGAACGCAAGCCAGUACGGAUUGGCCGCAGGUGUUUUCACCAACAACCUGGACACGGCCAACACCUUGACGCGUGCCCUCAGGGCUGGCACGGUCUGGGUGAACUGCUUCGACAUCUUUGACGCCGCGAUCCCCUUCGGCGGGUACAAGAUGAGCGGCAUCGGUAGGGAGAAGGGCAUCGACAGCCUGAAGAACUACCUGCAAGUCAAGGCGGUCGUCACCGCACUUAAGAACCCCGCAUGGUUGUGA